AUGUGGAUGAAAAGCAGACAGGACAUACCGAUUAGGCCUGUCCUUUUGAAGUUUGGGGUGGCGGCUUUUGUUAUUUCUAUUGGUGGCAUUGUUUUCACACUUUUCAGAAGCAGAAUAAUUAAGCCACCUCAAUCAAAACCUUCACACCCUUCUCCAGAUAACAACAGCCAGGCUUAUUCAAGAGUCGAAAGCGGCGAGUGCUGGGAUGAUCGUGUUUUUCUGGAUUCACCCGUCAAGAAAAUAGCUUCCAACAACUCCAUCAGCGACCCAAGCCCUGCACUCGAAUCCUCAAAAUCAUGUUCAGAUCACGAGCGUGAAAUCGAACAUCUCCAGGCCCAUGUCAAAACCCUCGAGGAGAGAGAAAAGGAUCUCGAGAACCAGCUCCUUGGGCACAACGGCCUCAAGGAUCACGAAAAUGCCCUUGUCGAGCUCAAAAACCAGUUGAGGCUGAACAACAUAGAGGCCAAGCACUAUAACCUCAAGAUCGAGUCCCUGAUAUCGAAUAACAAGAAGCUUGAAGCCGGAUUGGCCGACUAUGAAAAUGUCGUGACCGAGCUUGAGGGGGCUCGGGGAAAGGUGAAGGCAUUGAGGAAUAAACUAAAGUUAGCGGCCGAGCAGAAUCAAGAGCAGAUUCUGGUGCUUCAGGAUAGGGUGAUGAGGCUCAAGGAUAAGGAGAAGAAGACAGACGAGAUCAAUCGGGAGCUGGAGGCUGUGGUGAGGGAGAGGGAGGAGCUUACGAGGGAGCUUGAGGAGAUGAAGAAGUCGAACCAAAGCUUAAGGCUUGAGAACUCGGACAUGGCUCAGAAGUUGGGUUAUGUGCAAAUGCUUGCUACGACUGCUUUGGACAAUGAAGAGGUGCUGGAACUGCGGGAAGAGAGGAGGAGGCUGAGGAAGCAAAACGAAAGCCUCAAGGAGGAGAUGGAGCGGCUUCAGGCCACCCACCGCUCGGACAUGGAGGAGCUUGUCCACCUCCGUUGGGUCAAUGCCUGCCUCCGUCAGCAGCUCCGCAACCCGAACCUCCCCUCUCCCGACCCUGCCCGGCCCGAAGAGAAACCCCUCCACUCCUCGGCCGGCCCCGACACCUCCGACCUCGAGUCCUCCUCCCAAGCCUCGUGCCUCACAGACGAGUCAGCCCCCGAGACGAACAAAACCGAGGGGUUGAGCAAGCCGAAGGUGUUUGAGAAGCUCAAGAAGCUGCUGCGAAGAGGAGGGAAAGAAGGGAAGGGGCAAAACGGGAAAAAGACAAAGCUGGAGCGAGCGGCGUCCGUGGACGAUAUUGCGGGGAAGCUGGAGAGCGAGUUCCUGCAGUUGGAGGCGGGGGGUGAGUCGUCAUUAGGGGGCUCGUCGGCCACCAGCAGGCGCUCGUUCGACAUGCCUAGAUUGGGGUCGAGGGGGCGUAAGGGGGGCGUAGGCCCAUGGGAGAGCAGCAAUUGCUCGUCCAGGACAAUGGGCUCCCUGACGGAGGAGGAGGAGGACGAGUACUGGUCUCCUGGCGGGCCUCAGGUGCAGGAAGACGUGAAGAACAAGCUGCUCAAGUACGCGGAGACCCUGAACAGGGCCCACUCCAAGAAGUUCCCCAAGCCGGCUGCUGGUUUUGAGUAA